CGCUUGUGUUCCCGCUGAACAAGCCUUCGUGAUAUGCGUUAAAACUCCGUUAUCGUUAUAAUUCUAAAGUUCAAAGCUAUGAAUGAAACGGCGUGUUUUUAACUUUCGAUAUGGUUAAUUGAACGUUGUAACAUUGAGCUGAUCUAAUAAUGGAUAGCGGAGAUAGAAGAGAAAUUAAAUAUUAACAUUAAAAUACAGUUUAGAGACUGUCCUCGAAUUGUGCGUGUUAUGAUGUGAAAUAAUAUUAGCAGUGAUGUGGUUUGCAGCUGUGCUGUAUUUCAUCUUCAGACUGGGUCUGUCUGCCGGAGGGAUAGACACCACAGAUCCUGAUAGCAUAUUUGCUGUGGGCAAUGGAACUGCUGAGACGGAGAUAGCGAUACAACCACAUUUUGAUAACAGUAGCAAACGGGAGUACACGGCCGCUGUUGGUCAACCGGCUUAUUUGCAUUGUCGUGUCAAAAACCUUGGCGACAGAUCGGUAUCAUGGAUCCGUAAGCGAGACCUACACAUCCUAACAGUGGGUGUCCAUACAUACAGCAGUGAUGCAAGAUUUGCUGCACUGCACACCGACGCUUCUGAUGAAUGGACAUUGAGGGUAGCCCACGCGCAGCCAAGGGAUUCAGGAGCAUACGAAUGCCAAGUAUCAACGGAGCCAAAAAUCAGUCUCUCUUUUUGGCUUACUGUAGUAGUAUCAAAGGCGGAGAUCCUGUCUGGACCCGAGUUGUUUGUACGAGCAGGUUCGGAUAUCAACUUGACGUGUAUAGCAAGGCACGCACCAGACCCUCCGAGUUUUAUCUACUGGUAUCGAGGUACCAAUGUGGUGAACUACGCACAGCGUGGUGGUAUCAGCGUGGAGACUGAACAGAGGACGCGGACCAGCAGAUUGCUGAUAGCUCGCGCUUCUCCGCGAGAUUCUGGGAAUUACACAUGCGCUCCCAGUAGCUCUGAUUCGGCAUCUGUGGUUGUCCAUGUGGUGAGUGGUGAAAGACCAGCGGCAAUGCAGAGCGCCGCGACUAUUACAACACCUACAUUACUAUAUUUAACUCUAAUUUUAAUCAACAUAACGCUGUACAGAUAUUCAAUACUAGAAUACAUCUACUCAAUUAAUAGAAAAUUAGUGCUAAUAUUCCGGACCAAUCCGGCACUCGUUUACAGAUGAUAAAAUUAAAUUUAAUAUCUUUCAAAUUUAAUUAAAACUAUCAGCAUGAUUAGGUGUUAACAUUAUUUUAUGGAAUUUUAAGCAAAAGUGUCAUGAAUAUCGAUAAAAUCCCUGAUCAAAUUUAGCUUUUAAAUGUAAAUAAUGCCAGUUCGUAAAACAAUUGGUUCAUCGUAAUAAUUGGUAAGACUUUCUGUAAAUAUUUAAUUAAUUUCUUUGGACUCUAUCGUAUCAAGGUUGUGUAUACUCUGAGCUAAGAUAGCAAAUAGAGUUGAUAGAAGUUGAAAGUUAGAUGAUGUCUUAAUGUAAAUUACUUACAUAUUAAUGAUUUCUGCAACUUUUCAAAACACUUUCAUAAUAAUUGCAAAUUCUUAACAAACUUGUGUUCUGUACGUAAAACUGAGGGAUGAUAUUAUGCAAUAAAGAAUCAUCAUUAUACAAAUGACUUAAGUUUUCUUCAGUGUUAGUUCCGCCAAUAUUUGUCUUUAAAACAAUUCGACACGUGGUUCGCCUUAAGUCUCGUGCCAGAUUUUGGCGAGACAACACGUCCUGCGGAUGCCUCGUGUAGAGGCGAACCACGUGUCGAAUUGUUUUAAAGACAAAUAUUGGCGGAAUUAACACUAAAGAAAACUUACAUCAUUUGUAUAAUUAGGCAUUUCCGGAAAGUAACGCCUAAUUCAAUAUUUUUUUUAAGAAUCAUCAUGUUUUACUGUUAUUUAUUGAUACAAAGUGAAAAUAAAAUGAAAAUAAUAAAUAUUGCAAUACAAAACUUUUGGUCGAUACAUCGAAUAUACCUAAUGUUUAUAAAAUUUGACUGGUGGUAAAUUGUGGAAAGGUAACAAAACAAUUUGUUAUUUUAAGUGAUCUUCUUCACUUCUGAGAUAAAAUUUCUAAAUAGAUCGUUAUCAAUGAAUACAAUACAGUAAAAAGUAGUUUAAAAAAACUAAAAAACACGCUUUGGUUGAAAUUUUAAAUGACCAUCAAUUCCUGCCUUAUCGACAAUAGAUAAAAAGUUUAUAUAAAUUAACAAAAGUCUUAUUUUGCAUAAUGAGAAAUGGAAUAAUUUUAUUAAAUUAAUGUAUUGUCAUCGGUCCUCGAUAAAUCUACGAAGUUUGAACGAAAUCUGGCCGUUUAAAGUGGGUCUAAAUCGCGCCCAAAUGAGUCGGUUACAAACAAAUAUACAUACAGGUAGAAGCUAAUAAAAAGCGUGUAAAAAUACAUAAAUUUUUUAUACUUAGCUCAACACUUAUAGACCAAACUUUCUCGUAUGCUUUUGAUGUUAGAGUCAUGCUGUAACUUCUUAUACUUACUUCUAACAGUUCUGUCAAUGUCAAUGCCAUUUACUUAUUCCGUGUAUUACAUAUUUCAAUUUUUAGGAUCUGUUUCAAUUCAGCAACAUUAACAACAAUAAACUCCACCAGUCUAAUUCACAUUUUUUUAUGAAAAUAAGGGACGAGUCCAGCAGGAGUUCAGCUGAUGGUAAUUGAUACGCCCUACCCAUUAUAAUACAGUGCCGCUCUGGAUUCUACAAAAACCCAAAAAUUCUGAGCGGCACUUUAAUUGCGCUCAACUUGGGACAUUCUAUCUUUUUGGACAUUAUAUAAGAUUCUAAAACAUCCUUGAAUAACAUUGUGUAUAUAUAAAUAACUAGU